AUGUUACAAUUGCCCAUUAUAAGUAGAACGCCUGGAUAAAAUUUUAGUUUUAACUAGUUUGCCUCUGCUCCUAAUUCUCCAGAUAGGAAUAAGCAAAGCACUUUAAAAGAUUAUAUAAAAUAUAGAUAAAGAAAUUUAAUUGAUUUUGUAAAAAGCAGAUUACAGAGUCGACAAAUUAGUCCGAAAAACCUUUUUGAAGUAGAUCUGAUUAGGUUUGCAAAGAAGAAAAAUGAUAGCAUGCCCUCUCCUAUAAUUGGGGAGAUUAAAUUUUUAUCAACAUAAAAGUCAAUUGGAGAUUCGAUUUAGAUUGUAGAUGGUCAAGGGAUGACAGACGAAACAUUGUUUGAUGAAAUAAUUGAUUUAGAAAAUGCAAUAAACUCGAAUGGAGGAGAUAAGAAAAUGAUGGGAUCACAAAGAUAAAUAAAUCAUUCAAUAAUGAAGAAAGAAGUAACCGAGGAUGGUUAAGUGAAGAUUAAUUAAUACACAAUACUACAAGAACUUGGUAGAGGAUCAUUUGGGAAAGUGAAAUUGGCAAAGGACAAUAACAAUAGAAAAUAUGUAUAAAUUUAAAGGUAAUUAAAUUUAGGCAAUGAAAAUAUGCGAUAGAAAGAAGUUAAAGUUGAAAUUACUUUCGAGUAAACUUGAUGCUUAUUCAUUACUGGAUAAAGAAAUAGCAAUAAUGAAGAAAGUAGACCAUGAUAACAUCGUUUAACUCUAUGAAGUAAUUGAAAAUCCUAAUAAUGAUAAAUUGUAUUUGGUUUUAGAAUAUAUGGAUGGACCUCAGAUAUUAUCAAUUAAAAAUAAAAGUAUUGAAAUUGUAUGGAAACUCUUUCGUGAUUUCAUGCUAGGACUAGAAUAUUGUAUAAUAUAUCUAUACUAACUUAUAAGUGCACAAUUUUGCCAAUAUUGCUCACAUGGAUAUUAAACCUGAGAAUCUUCUCUUAAACUAAGAAAUGAAGUUGAAAAUUGCAGAUUUUGGGGUUUCUCAAAUUAUGGAUGAUGAUUUAGUCAAAACAAAAAUUGGAACAUCAGCUUACUAACCACCAGAAGUAUUUACUGACGAGUAAGUAAGAGGCAAGCCGAUUGAUGUUUGGGCUGCUGGGUUAACAUUAUACCAAUUAGUUUAUAAUGAACAUCCGUUUAUUUCAUUAAGAUAGGAUCAAUUAAAGAAUAAUAUUCUCACUUAGAGCAUUAAGUGGAGAGAAACCUCAGACUUGACAGACUUACUCAAGAGAAUGUUAGAGAAAAAUCCUAAUGAUAGAAUUACAACAUAAUAAGUGUUAGUAUCUUCUAUUAAUUAUUUCAGGAACAUCCGUGGGUGACUAAGCAUGGUAGAUUUCCUCUAUAAAAUGAACACCAAGGGAAUUUUAUAGUGACGGAGAGUGAUAUUCAUAAUGCUAUCACAAGAUUAUCAUUCAAUAUGGCUAUUAGAACUUUGAAUAAAUUGAAAUAGAAGUUAAGUUAAUCUCGCUAGCGAUUAAAAUAAAGAAAGGCUUUGGAAACAUGA